UUCCUCAAAAUGCCCGCCACGGCGUGGAUUAACGGACACCGAAAUCCAGGCAAUUUUGUUCGACUGGCCAAGUGGGAGCGAAUGCUCCGAUUUGGAAAGCUCCGACGAUGACCAGGCGGAAAGGACCGCAAGUCAACAUUGUAGUGGGACAGAUUCGUCUAGCUUGUCAGACACCGACGGUCUUGAUGUCGAAGAGUCCACUACUAUGAAGAACAAGAUAAAAAAGACCUGGCACUGGGUAAAGAAGGACCUUGACGUCAACGAAGGCUUUCCUACUAGCAUUCCAAGUCCAAGAGUCUCUGCGGCAGAGGCUAAAACGCCUUUGAGUAUGUUUACUAAGCUGGUAGAUGAGGAUUUGAUCGAACAUCUGACGUUCGAAACAAACCGAUUCCGGGUCCAGAGCAACCGCACGAGAGUAAAACCUGUGACGCUUGAAGAAAUGAGGGAAUUUCUCGGUAUGAUCCUGUACAUGUCUGUAGUGUCCAUGCCAUUCAGGCGCAUGUACUGGUCCCGGUUAUUGCGCCAAUCCCACAUUGCGGACUGCAUGCCAAGAAAUCGCUUUGACGAAGUGAUCUCACUUUUCCACGCGUGCAACAACGACACCGAGAAGAAAAAGGAAGAAGAUGGCUACGACAAGCUUUACAAGGUCCGUCCGUUGCUCAGCCGGCUGAAUUAUAAUUUCCAGGGUGCUGCAGAAAUGGAAGAUUGCCUUGCCGUGGAUGAAAUGAUAGUACCAUUCAAAGGCCGACACAGCCUCAAGGUGUACAUGAACAAAAAGCCUAGAAAGUGGGGCUACAAAGUGUGGACACUGGCUGGGAGAUCCGGCUAUGUGUACAAAAAUUGAGCUUUACGGAGACAAUUUAGUCAUUGACCCAACGGAUUUGUAAAAUGACAUCGGAGAAAGUGGAAAAAUUGUUGUGCGACUCUCUGAGGGCUGUGAAGGGAAAGAAAUAUUUUGUGACAACUUCUUCGCUUCAGCAGAUCUUAUAGUUGAAAUGGAGCGUCGCGGAUUAGGAUGCACAGCAACCAUGAGAAACGGCAGAAUUGGACGCUGCCCCCUAAAAACCGAAAAAUGCCUGAAGAGGGAAGGCCGUGGAUCCUUUGAUUUCCGAUCAGAAAAGGACAGUGGCAUUAUUAUUUGUCACUGGCAUGACAACCGCAGCGUCAUGAUUGGAUCGAAUACCCAUAGUGUAGGUCCUGUGGGCGUCUGCCGGCGAUACGACAAAAAAGCAAAAACAUACACCGAAGUUUCCCGACCGAGCUUGGUAAGAGUAUACAACCAAAGCAUGGGUGGUGUCGACAGAGUGGACCAGCUGCUUUCUUUCUACCGCAAUGAGUUGAAGACGAAGAAGUGGUACAAGAGGAUCAUUUUUCACUUGCUAGACCUCGCUGUUGUGAACAGCUGGUUGUCGUACCGCGCCGUAAAGGAUUCGGAAAUCCAGCUCGCAGAAUUCAAGCUUCAGGUCGCCUUUGGGCUAAUGAAGUCGGAAAAGUCACACGAAGCUCCCCUCCAUGACCGUACUCUGACCGAAAAUUGGCUGUCGAACCGAGCUUCGGAUGUACCCACUUCCGUCAGGUAUGAUGGGGUAAAUCAUCUGCCUGUCAAAGUGCCGCAGAAAAGUGCCCCAAGGUGCAAGCUACCGCAGUGUUCACGGAGAACAAGGCUCCCGUGUAAGAAGUGUAAGGUGUACCUGUGCGUCGAAGAAGAUGGACCAGCAAACUGUUUUGAAAGGUUCCACACUGAGUGACUUCGUGUUCCUAGCGUACGUUCUUUUUCUUCAAUAAAUAAGGUUUUGUUGAAGGACA